GAACCAGUGAAAAGAAGUGAAGAAAAGAAGCGAAUAAGUUCAAAGAGUCCAGGUCACAUGGUAAUACUAGACCAAACCAAGGCAGAUCAUUGUAGGCCGUCAAGAAGAGGACGAUACGAGAAAAUUCAUGGACGAAGCAAGGAAAAGGAGAGGGCUAGCCUAGAUAAAAAGAGGGACAAAGACUACAGAAGGAAAGAGAUCUUGCCUUUUGAAAAGAUGAAGGAGCAAAGAUUGAGAGAACAUUUAGUUCGCUUUGAAAGACUGCGCCAAGCGAUGGAAUUUCGCAGGUAGGAGAAGGGUCUGCUUACCACCGACUUGUAAUACAAGUGCAGCCUUAACACUAGCUGUAAGCCAGAUUCGUU